CAAGUGUGCAUGUAUGCUAUAAAAAAGGAUACUAGGGCACUCUUCCACAGUUCAUUCAUACUUUGACUUCGCUCGUGGAUCGUUUCCAUACCUUCGUAUCGCAUUUAGUGAUAAGCCGCUCGCAAAUCUGUGUUGCUGAUUUACGUACUCCUUUAGCUAGCUUCCUGUUGAUCAUAGAAAUGGUGAAGGUGCAAGAAUCCACGAGCAUGUUGUUGUUGGUCACUUUGUUGGUAAACCUGACCGCAAUUGUCCUGGCUAACCCGGUCAAACAGGGAAAUGGCGCAGUGGAAGAUUCCGCGAUGCGAACGCUGUAUGACGCCAACGAAGAGUCCUUGAACCGCUUCGUCAAUGACCCUUCGUACCGUGCCGGAUACGAACGAGCGGUUUACGAUCUGUAUUAUGGACGCGUCCACGAUCUAGUCAAUACCGACCAUAUAUAUCCUAGUCCGGCCAAGAAGGCGAUCGAUCUGGGAUUGGGCCGCUUUAGCUCCGGAUCCCGAACAGCUAAUGGUCUGCUGGCGUUGGAUUCGGCUAACUUCGCAGGAGGCCCCGGUCGGAAAUAAGGUCACCGGCACUGCACGCCGAUUAGUGCAGCGGAUUCGAUUCGAAGCCGUUCCUCUUUAAAUGCUCGAUCUACAAGGGAUCAAGGAAGGAUGAACAACGUCACUCGGUCAUGCUGAAAUUGUUCUUUAUAUCUUGAUGAUUAACUUAGCUUUCAUCUGAGCUUUUCCGCGCUUCUUUAAAAGUUUAUUUAUUUCUUUUACAUCGGUCGUCCUGAUUUAUAAGUGCAACUGUCUGACUGUCUCCAGCAGCGUUCACAUAUAACCUACAACUUCCUGUGGUUGCAAGCUCACAAUCAAUACAUCGUUUGCAAUUGAAAUUCGCUACCGUA